AUGUGGCCAAAGAAAGGGCAAAAGCUCGGGCUCGGGCUCGCUUGGGUUCUCUUAACAGGCCUUGCUCUUCCAGCCCUGGGCCAGAACUGCAGCAAAGACAACCCUUGCGCCACGGGAUGCUGCUCCAAGGACGGGUGGUGUGGGACAAGCGAAGAGCAUUGCGGUGCGGGGAACUGUGUUGACACUUGUGAUUUUAAGCUGCAGUGUGAUGAGAGUAAUCCGUGCGAAACGGGGUGUUGUUCCAAGGCAGGGUUCUGCGGAUUGGGCCCGGACUACUGUGGCGAGGACGUGUGUGUGGCUAGCUGUGAGGCAAAGGCUGAAUGUGAUCCUGGCUUUGGGGCAGACUGGGCGACGAGUUCGAAGUGCCCGCUGAAUGUUUGCUGCUCAGACUUUGGCUUUUGCGGAACCACCAAGGAAUUCUGUGGAAACAAGACAGUCCACCACGACACCUGCGAUAAGAAGACCGCGACACUUGACCGUGUGGUUGGCUAUUACGAGUCGUGGGCAAGCAGUCGUCCGUGCAAUCCCUUCUGGCCAGAGCAGAUCCCGAUGGGGGUCUAUACCCAUCUCAACUUUGCGUUUCCCGCCAUCGACCCAGACAGCUUUGAAGUGCGCCCUGGUUCCGACGGUGACCUUGACUUACUGAUGCGCGUCACACAGCUCAAGACCAUGGAUCCAGAUCUCAAAGUCAUGAUUGCGCUGGGUGGUUGGAGCUUUAAUGAUCCAGGCCCGACCCAAACAACUUUUUCUGACAUUGCGCGGUCGUCGGAGAAUCAGGCCAAGUUCUUUACAUCCCUGAAGGAGUUCUUGUCAACGUAUAAUCUGGAUGGAGUGGACCUGGACUGGGAAUAUCCCGUGGCAGAUGAUCGCAGUGGACGGGCCGAGGACUUUGAGAACUUCCCUAAAUUCAUGGAGAAUCUGAAGGAGGCUUUGAAAGACACAGGCGGGCGGAAUGAGAUAUCCAUCACACUCCCUUCAUCCUACUGGUAUCUGCAACACUUUGACAUUGUCAAGCUGCAGCCCCACGUGAGCUUUUUUAAUGUUAUGUCCUAUGAUCUGCACGGCAAGUGGGACAAGGGAAACAAGUGGACAGGCGAGUUCCUCGACGCCCACACCAACCUAACCGAAAUCGACAAGGCCUUGGAGCUGCUCUGGCGGAACAAGAUUGACUCCUCCAAAGUAGUUCUGGGGCUCGCAUUCUACGCCCGCGCAUACGCCUUGGCCGAUCCGGCCUGUGUAAAGCCAGGCUGCCUGUUCGCCUCUGGCGCAAACCAGGGCAACUGCAGUCGCGAGAUUGGGAUUCUGCUCAACAGCGAAAUCGACGAAAUUGUUGCGCAGCGGGAUCUCGAGGACACACUGUAUAAGGACGCUGCCGUGCAGGUCCUUCACUGGGACGACCAGUGGCUGUCGUAUGACGAUGCCGGGCAUGUUCCUGGAGACUGGUGGCGAUGA